CUCCGUGUGAGAGCAUUAGUCCAGGUGUGCCUGAACGUUUGGACUGACGACUAUUUGCGGCCUGGCUCGCUGCUCCUGAUCAACAAGCGGCUCUCCGCGUGACAACAGCGCCGGAAAGGUUUUUCUCUAUUCAAAAUGGCACCGUCUCAAUCAGGAAGUGGAGAAAACAACUACGAAGAAUAAGUUGGAUACGUUUCCUCGUUUCUUUUUCUUUGAGUGGAUUUUCAGCUCACAGCCGACUGGGAAGUCUGCGGUUGGGAUUGGGGAUAAGUAAGACGCUGACGGUCAUGGAGAGGCUUUGCUGGUGGUAAAAGUGCUGUCUCCGUUGCAGCCUGCCACAAGGGUAGUGGUAAAAGGGGGUCCUUUUUUAUCAGUCAGUUGGUGGACAUGUCCAAAGCAGUGGUCUGAUGCCAACCCUCACCUCAGCACCUGCCAUGGACCGGGAGAACUACCUGCAUCCAGAAGACUCUCACCUGGACAGCAGCAUGUUCUCUGUGCCCCCCUCAAACACCGAGAGUUCAAUAUAUAGCUCCUGGGGUCAUUCUGCUCAAAAUGGAUACAGCACACACUGCCCUGUGCAAUCUGGAAACCAGCAAUACCACUUGAACAGCAACACUACCAACAACAUUCCAGAUAUGCCUAUGGACCUGUUCUCGGAUUUCUCAGAUGUGGACUUUUCUAGCCUCAGCUUCCAAAGAGAUGGAGACUUCUCUCAGGACCUGUCCUGCUUUGAAGACCCCUCCACAAACUCUCUGUUCUCCUCACCGGCGGACUCCCUGUCAGAGUAUGCUGAUACCCAGCCGUUCGUCCCCACGGGGGACUCGGUCCCCACGCUCUGGGACAUCAACACUAGCACCACCGCUGCACCAGCACAGAGCCACUUAGAGCAGAAUGGCACCAACAGGUUUCAAGGCUUGACCAGUUUGGAUGAAAUAAAUGCUAUAAUCACCACUCCACCUUUAGGAUUCCAGACUCAGACAAACCAGCCGCCACAAGAAGAGGAGGAGGAUGCUGAAGUGGAGGAGACCGAGGAACUUGGACAUGUCGACACGUAUGCUGAGUACAAGCCCUCCAAAUCCACUAUAGGAAUUUCUCAUCCUGACAUAGUGGUGGAAACCAACACACUGUCAAGUGUCCCUCCUCCUGACAUCGCAUACACCCUGUCUAUACCUGAGUCUACCAUUAGCAAUGGCCUGCUGUCUGCUCUGCAGUUGGAGGCCAUCAUCUACGCCUGCCAGCAACAUGAAGUGAUACUUCAGAACAACCAGCGAGCGGGGUUCCUCAUAGGAGAUGGGGCCGGUGUUGGAAAGGGCCGCACUGUGGCAGGAAUCAUUCUUGAAAACUACCUAAAGGGGCGGAAAAAAGCACUGUGGUUCAGCAUAUCCAAUGAUCUGAAGUUUGAUGCAGAGAGAGAUCUCAAAGACAUAGAUGCACCAAAUAUUCCUGUCCAUGCCUUAAACAAGAUAAAGUAUGGAGACACAGCUACCUCAGAAGGAGUCCUGUUUGCUACUUACUCUGCGCUGAUCGGAGAGAGCCAAGCGGGGGGGCAGCAUCGCACAAGAAUUAAGCAGAUUCUCGACUGGUGCCGGCCGGACUUUGACGGAGUCAUUAUUUUUGAUGAAUGCCACAAAGCCAAGAAUGCAACAUCUACAAAGAUGGGAAAGGCCGUGCUCGAUCUGCAGAACAAGCUGCCGCGGGCCAGAGUCGUGUACGCCAGUGCGACAGGUGCCUCUGAGCCAAAGAACAUGAUCUAUAUGAGUCGCCUGGGGAUCUGGGGAGAAGGCACACCCUUCAGAACCUUUGAAGACUUCCUGCAUGCCAUUGAGAAGAGAGGUGUUGGUGCAAUGGAGAUCGUCGCCAUGGACAUGAAAGUGAGCGGGAUGUAUAUCGCCAGACAGCUGAGCUUCUCAGGUGUGUCGUUCCGGAUUGAAGAGAUUGGUUUGGACAGCGACUUUAAGCAGGUUUACAACAAGGCUGCUAAACUGUGGGCGGAGGCUCUGCAAACCUUCAUGCGAGCAGCAGACGAGCUGGGCCUGGUCAGCAGGAAGUCUCUGUGGGGGCAGUUCUGGUCGGCUCACCAGCGCUUCUUCAAGUAUCUCUGUAUUGCUGCCAAGGUCCGCUGCCUGGUGGAGCUGGCCCGAAAGGAGCUGGAGGCGGGAAAGUGCAUUGUUAUUGGGCUGCAGUCGACAGGAGAGUCCCGCACCAAAGAGGUUUUGGAUGAGAAUGACGGGCAUCUGGACCGCUUCGUCUCGGCAGCAGAGGGAGUCUUCCAGUCUCUUGUAACAAAGCAUUUUCCCUCGGAGAAACAAAGGAGGGAGAAAGCCCCGGGGAAUAAGAGAAAACGCAAACCUAGAGGUCGUCAGCCUAAGAUGGCCAAGCAGCUGGUGGACACGAGCGGCGUGAUCAACAUUAGUGAUGACAGCAGCAGCGAUUCUGACGGCAUAGACACCGACUCCAACUCCUCUCCAGAUUCACUGCAGGACAAUGACGACGUCAUCUUUGUCACCCAAACCAACUGCCAGUCAGGUAUGCUUUACUGUCAGCACGUCCAUCUGCAGCCUCGGCCUGCAAGACCCCUGCAGUCAGCUCCUCCUCUGGUUUGCCUCACAGCCAGGAUAGAAGAGAUGAAGCAGAACCUUUUGAACAAGAUAGCAGAACUUGGAAAAGAACUACCUCUCAAUACCUUGGAUGUGCUGAUUGAUAAAUUUGGAGGACCAGACAAAGUCUCUGAGAUGACUGGCCGUAAGGGUCGUGUGGUGAGGCGUCCUGAUGGAAGCGUCCGCUACGAGUCGAGGGCCGAACAGGGGUCCACGAUUGAUCACAUCAACAUCAAGGAGAAGGACCGCUUCAUGAGUGGAGAGAAGUUGGUGGCCAUCAUCUCUGAGGCGGCCAGCUCUGGGAUUUCCCUGCAGGCAGACAAGCGAGUGAAGAAUCAGAGGCGCAGGGUCCACAUGACUCUGGAGCUGCCUUGGAGUGCAGACCGGGCAAUUCAGCAGUUUGGUCGAACUCAUCGGUCUAAUCAGGUGACGGCUCCCGAGUACAUCUUCCUCAUCUCUGAGCUGGCAGGAGAGCGGCGUUUCGCUUCCAUUGUGGCUAAAAGACUGGAGAGCUUAGGUGCAUUGACCCAUGGAGACAGAAGAGCAACAGAAUCCAGGGAUCUGAGCAAGUACAAUUUUGAGAACAAGUAUGGUACAAAGGCUUUAGAUAAAAUCACCAAAGCUAUUCUUGGAUACAUCGAUAAUAAGGUGCCCCCUCCCAAAGGGUACCCUGAGGGGGAUGCCAUGUUCUUCAGAGACAUGAAGGUGGGAAUGAUGGAUGUGGGCAUUUUCUGUAAGGAACCUCGCUUUGGAAUCAACACAGAGAAAGACUGCAGCAUCACCAAGUUCCUGAACCGCAUCCUGGGCCUGGAAGUCCACAAGCAGAAUUAUCUCUUCCAAUACUUCACUGAUAACUUUGAUUACCUGAUCGAAAAGGACAAGAAGGAGGGGAAGUACGACAUGGGAAUCCUAGAUCUCGCUCCAGGAAACGAUGAGAUUUAUGAGGAGCAGCAGGAAACAUUCCUGACACCCGGAAACCCUCAGGAUGGACAAGUUGUUCUUUAUAAGAUCAGUGUGGACAGAGGUAUGCCCUGGGAGGAGGCUUACAGUAAAUCUCUCAAUCUGAGUGGAAGUGAUGAGGGAUUCUAUCUUUCCAUGAAGCUGCGGGGUAGCCAGCCGUGUGUGCUGCUAGCUGAGCAAGGCAGAGGAAAGAACUUCAUCGUCUACAAGCCCAACAUUGGCAAGCAGACUCAUCCUGAGAGCCUGGAGAAGCUGAUGCAGCGAUACCGAAAGGUCACUGCUGAUGAAGCAAUGGACAGCUGGAAGAGCCAGUUUGAUUUUUCCUUUGAGAAGUGCAGUCAUGCUAACUGGAACGGGAAGUGUAAGAAGAUCGAAGAAGGUCAGGAGUGUCUGCAGGGCAUGCGCCUGCGUCAGUACCACAUGCUCUGUGGAGCUUUGUUGCGGGUGUGGAAGCGGGUGUCCGAUGUGGUAUCGGACAUCACAAAGUCUAGUAUCCUGCAGAUCGUGCGCCUUAAAACUAAGCAGCAUAACAAACAAGUCGGCAUCAAGAUUCCAGAGACGUGUGUGGCUCGUGUGCGUGAGGAGCUGAUGCAGAUGGACAGAGAGGUGAAGAAGAAGCGAGAAGAGAAGCUGCAGCUGAAGAACAAGCAUCUCCUGGAAAAUCUGAGCAGUCAGAAGUUCUUGCUGAACCAGCCUGUUGCUCCCAGCUUCCCUCAGAACUCCAUCCACAAACAGACUCUCAGCCAAAACGUUUUACAGAGGACUCAUGCCGGACACAUGUUCCAGAUUCCGGGAAUGCAGAGCCAGCGCUCUACACAUGACUUAUCCCUGUUGACCUUACAGAGACAUCCCAGCAGCCCCCAACAAAGGACCUCCAACAACUGGCCCAGCAACUCUUCCACCCUCCAUAACCAGAGCUCCCUGUCCAACUCGGUGAACCACAAUGUCUCCCAGUUUUUUCCUCCGUCUUUAAUGCCUUUUCAGCAGCUCAGUGACCCAGCUGUCCCACUCCGUCAGCCCACAAUUCCUUCCAGCUUGUCUUCCCAAAAUCCCCUGGAGGACAUCUUUGACCUCACCUUGACCCCGCCUUCGCCCUCCACAGACAGCACAGAGGGACAUCUGAACCUGGACGGCCUCACGGGCAACGCUGCCGAGUUUGAGAGCGACUUUAAUUUGGAGGCUCUGAUGUCCCAGACUCCUUCGCUCAGCCAGCCUCUGAUGUUCCCUCAGCACCUGCACUCGUCCCAGCAGCAGCAGCAGAGCUUGCUCUGCAGCAGCCAACACACUGAAAUCCUCGGUUUACUUGACUCCACCAUGUCCCCACAGAUGCUCACCAAGAAGGCCAGCCCUUCAUCCUCCUCCUCCUCCUGUUCUUCCUCCACAUCGUCCCACAGCCUCUUCUCCAGCCCGCCAUCUUCCUCCUCUUCCUCGCUGUUUCCCCAUCCCUCUUCCUGCUUCCCUUCAUCCUUUCUUCUUUCCCAAGCGGACUCUGUGUCUGUCAGUAAUGGACACAGCAGCUCGGGGCCCCUGGACGUCCGGGAGGCUUUGAACAGCAUGCUGCAAGCCGGACCCGACCGCAAGUCUGUCAUUCAGUACCGUCAGCAGGACUGAGGGCGGUGAAGCAGACGACGGCUGCUGUCUGGAACUGUGAGCGGUCUCCAUGCGGCUCAGGGCUUCUCGCCGCGCCGCCGCCUGUCCUGUGCCAUCUCUCUGUAGCAUCCAGCGGCUUCUGGAUCAGCAUCCGAUCCCUGAACCACAGAGCGCCCUCCACCGUACAAGGCAGCUGUUAACUGAUAGGAAGCAUCGAAAUGAGGACUGACGGUCAAACAGAAGCUUCUAGACUGAGGCGUGGAGAUCGUCAGUAAACCUCCUGCUGCUGAUUUUAUUGAGGUAUGAUUGAUGAAGAUGCUGGACGCCCAAAAUGCCUUUGACUAAUUGAACCCAUACCUUUUAGACUUUGCUUUACUGUUACUACCCAGAUCAUGGCUGCUUGUUAAACGUGUAUGCAAGGCUUGUCUGAAUGAAGCGAAAAUAGUUUAGAACUGGAAAAGAGAGGAAGACAGGAAACCUUUCAGCUGAUUAGCCAUGAAAUGCCUCAGUUUGGAGUCUUCAUCUUGAUUCUCUGCUCGUAUGAACACUAGUGUGACAAAAAGGGAGCGGGGUUCGUCUGCUGUUGCAAACAGUGCCUUUGAGAAGAAAAACUUUCAAUGCAGUCUUUAAAGUCCAUGUAGCCUAAUGUACAGAUUUGUAUUCCAUAGCGUAGGUCUAAUUUUAUUUUGCAAAGGUGUAUUUAUAUGUAACUGUGAACCCCUGAUGCGCCUGUGUGUCGCUGGGUGUUUCUGUGACCAGACGCUGGUGUUGGGUUGCCUUUCCUCAGCUCGUGGACGCUCCUGGACGCUUUCUGACUGUGGUUGUUUUGGUUGUGGAGACGUCACCCUGAGAGUGAAGCCGCUAUGCAGAACACAGGACGGCCGAGUGGCAGAGGAAGGAUGUUGGGGUGUGGAUGUGGGCCUUGAGGGGCGUUCAAAGCAGUGAAGGUGCAUCCUCAAACCGGCCGUUCCGCUCCAGAGCAGAUGUUGACGCAUCUCGGUCUCUGCGCCGCUUUCGGACUGACAUAAAUGAUCUGCCACCAACAGGUUUCCCCUCAAAGCUGACAAUAGCACACGUGUGAUGUGUUUUCCUUUAGAACUUCUCAGGAACCGUUCUGUUGGUGUGGAGAUACCAUCUGUCCCGUCACGCGCUCUUCUCGUCUUUAUGAUGCUAGAUUCCACAUCAGUUUCUUGGUUUAAAUUAACUUUCUUCAAUGUCUGGGAACAUCUGUGAGAAAUGGAUGGCCACAAAGCAAUAAAACCAAGUACCAGGUGGAUCUGAAACGGAAAUGUUUGCCUGCAGCAGGCCAAGCUUUGUGUUGGUGUUAUGGGGUGGACUCUGUGUUUCGGAUGGUCUUGAAAGGCAGACGACCUUUGUACAGUACACGAGAUGCAUUGUUUUUCUGAUCAUUAUUAUGAACUUAUUGCUAUUUAUAUUUAAGGGAUAUUUAGAUUUUAGAAAUGUUAUCUUUCCUAUUCUAAUAAUCAAUGAGGUGUUUGGUCAGGGAAAUUGCUCGUUUUCAAGACUGCUAUAAAACAAAUUUGAUGCUAACCUGCCACCAAAUAGGAUUGCACUGUUCUGUACUGCUGUACAGCGUCUGCGGCGUGUAGUCUCUUCAUAGUCACGUCUACAACUCGUGGACCUCUUUUGUGUAUGCAGAGAUACCAAAGUGUCCCACAGACACCCGAAAAGUGACUGUCUCCCAGAUGAGAGACCGUUGAUCAAUCUCAGGAAGAACCAGGUGUAAGUUUAGAGACGCGUUUCGUUUUUCCUUCUAGCAGAUGUCCGUCUUACGUGUGCUGUGACCUGUGCUGUAUUUAUGUUGUAGAGAGUGGGGCUGCUCUGCUGUUUGUCUUUGUGAAACCUCCAUCAUUUGAAAAGUUUAUGCCAUCUUAGGACAAAGCGUUGAGUUUUUGUGUUUGUGUUCAUGCUGUGUCAUUCAUGAAAAUGUUGAGGGAUUUGUUGAGUCGCCGCUGGAUGACAGCAGCCCAACGCCACCUCCAUCAUCACAGCUCUCUGCUCAUGUACACUCAAGAUGUUCCUCAUGUUUACACACACGCACACACACAUUCAUGUUGCACAUUCCGAAGUUUUUCUCUGCAUACUUUUUGUCACAAAAAUAAAGCUUUAUGCAAAUGAGGUAAAUAGACAAAAACUGGUUCAGAAAUCCUUUUGCUCUUGUUUGUGUGCAGGUAGAGAGUCAUUGAAUCCUGUUUUGCAUUUGCACUAAGAAUGGCAUAAUCCAGUUACUGUGCUCCUCUUGGUUCUGAUUGAGCGCUGCAAGCUUCCUGUUCCUGUUCUGCUUGGAUUAUUUUGCGUAUACUGUAACCUUUUUUUCUCUUUUUAAACCAUUUGCAUCUUAUGUCAAAUGUUAUCACUCAAAUAAUUUAUUCUUAACACAAAAAUGAAACAAAAACAUGCUACUGAUUGUAUGUAUUUUUAAACAAAGCCUAUUUUUUCUGUAAAAAAUGUGUUCAGCACUUUUAUUCUGGGUUAUUCUUUUUGUUUUCUAUAUAUUUAUAAUUUAGAUUCAAAUGUAUAUAUUGUAAAAUUUGUGCCUUUUGACUAAUUCAUAAAAAGGAUUUUCUACUUAUUAAAGGAAGGACUAUAAAUAAAAGAGCAGUCUUUUCAAACAAACAAAUAAAGCUGAGAGAUUGCUGGAAGCA